UGUCAUUGCUAACUUUUGCAGUGAAAGUUCGUCCACAUUCACUGCAAGUCAACACCCCUCUGAGUGACAGUGACGUGUCUAGGUCACAGCAAACAUCUGGCAACAAUUCUUACGCCGAUUUGUUCGUGGAGAUGGCUAUCUCCAAGGCAGUGGGGUUCAUUGCCACAAUCCUUCUUCUGUAUUCAUUAAACGCACUGGGACAAGAAGAUGAAGAUCUGCCAUGCAACCGUCGAGAUGUUGGCAUUGAAGGAAGGUCUGUAGUGUGCGUCUGCACCGCUACGUAUUGUGACACCAUCACUCGAAGGGAUCCUGAACCUGGCACUUACGUCGUUUACACUUCUAGCAAUGCAGGUCAACGAUUUGAAAAGAGUUCUGGACGAAUUUUGGAGGAAGUAAAUAAUGGAGGGACUGAAGAUGACGCGCCCGCGGCUGGUGAUGGUGCUCAAGAUCCACCUGAGGCUUCUCAGAUCUGGAACAACGUUGUCCUGAGAAUUCGAACUAUUUCUCGUCACCAAUAUAUCGAAGGUUUCGGAGGAUCAGUCACAGAUGCUGCAGCCAUCAACUGGCGUAAAUUAUCCGACGCUACUCAACAGCAAUUCAUAGAUUCUUACUUCGGGCCCAAAGGAUUGGAAUACAACCUCAUUCGUGUACCGAUCGGCGGCUGUGACUUCUCCGAGCACCCUUACACUUAUGCUGAAACCCCGUGGCACGAUACUACUCUAUCUAACUUUUCACUGUCUUCUGAAGACUAUUUCUUAAAGCUACCAAUGAUCAGGAGAAGUCAACGAGUAGCGACAGACGAGAUAAAAAUCACUGCGAGUACUUGGUCUCCUCCGAUUUGGAUGAAAACCAACGAAGCGAUUACUGGUUUUGGACAGCUAAGACCACAAUACUACCAGGCUUAUGCUGACUACCACUUACGUUUUAUUGAGGAGUACGACAAAAUCGAUGUAAAGAUUUGGGCUAUCACCACAACUAACGAGCCUAUUAACGGGAUCGUACCUUUUGUGCAGUUCAACUCUCUCGGGUGGGCUCCUUCACAACUGGGUCGCUGGGUAGCGAACAACCUUGGUCCAACAAUCAGAAACUCCCCAUACAAUAAGACUUUAAUCUUGGGUGUUGAUGACCAACGUUACCUGUUGCCAAUUUACUUAGCAGGAAUGGAAAGAGAAGAUCCUAAAUCAAUUGACUAUCUGGAUGGUAUUGCUGUACAUUGGUACGGAAACUUCUUCCCACCACAAACGCUAUCUUUAAUCCAGAAUAGGUAUCCUGACAAGAUUAUUCUAGCAACUGAAGCUUGCGAAGGUUCUAUGCCCUGGCAUUUGGAACAACUAGCAAUUGGGUCCUGGGAAAGAGCACGCAGAUACGUCACAAGCAUCAUCGACGAUCUAAACAACUUCGUAGUCGGCUGGAUCGACUGGAACCUGUGCCUAAGCCCAACAGGCGGCCCGAACUGGGCAGAUAACUUCGUAGACGCACCUAUCCUUGUAUACGGUGAUAAAGACGAGUUCAUCAAACAGCCCAUGUUCUAUGCUAUGGGACACUUCUCCAAGUUCAUACCGAGAGGCGCCCGCCGCGUCACGGUCUCUCGCGCAAGCUUAGCGACUGUCGAAAAUGUAGCUUUCAUUAAGGAAAAUGGCAACAUUGUUGUUGUCCUUCAAAACAGGUUGAGGAGAGUAAUGAAUGUUAAGCUCAGGAUCAGCAAUCGAAACUAUAUUGAUAUUGUAAUGGAAGAGAGAUCCGUGAAGACCAUAGAAAUCAACCCAAGCACACCAGCAUAAGUAUUUAUUGUGUGAUUAUUUAAAUAAAAUUAUUUAUAUUUGUAA